GUGGCCUUGGCCAUUCCACCUCCCGAAUUCGGGUUUGUGGACAGCGGCAACCACACUGAGCUGAGUUUAGCCUACACACACAAUGGCAACACCACUGUCGUCCAAGAAGGCCAGCUCUUCGGGGCCAAAAUUACAAGCACCAAGCCCACCCUCGCCCUCGAGCCAGCCAAAUAUCAAUCCGUGGCUGAUUACAAGGGCCAAUACCUGAUUCUCAUGGUUGACCCGGACGCCCCCACCCCGUCCAACCCCACGCGCCGCUUCUUCCUCCACUGGCUCGCAACAAGUAUGACACAAAAUACCACAGCCUCAUCGCCCCAAACCGGUCGUGCCCUCAUCAACUCCACCCCUGCGCAAGUUCCCUACAGGGGCCCGGCCCCUCCAUCGACUUCCAGCGCGCAUCGCUAUAUUUUGUAUGCGUUUGCGCAGCCGGAGAAUUUUGCGAUACCAGAUGCGUAUUCUGGAUUUAGUAACGAGAAUCGGUCGGAUUUCAAUUUGGAUAACUUCAUCAAGGAUGCGGGCUUAGCCAGACCUGCGGCGGGAGAGUUUUAUUAUGUAUCAAGCCAGCAGAGCGUGCCGGGGGAUUUCGUCGCGCUUGCGGGAGGGGAGUUUCCUGGGGGCAAUGGGGAUGCGGUGUUC